AGAGCUUUAGCUCUGUUACUUUUUAUCAAACCGUACAGAUCUCGACGAUCCCAAACUGAACAUCUCGGUAUAGCAUUCCCUUUUGAAUGAAAGAGAAGAUAGAACAGAUACAGAAGACUUGCAGUAAACCAACCGAAAAUAAGAAAAGAGAUUUUCUGUUCAUGGAACAGCGGGAUUCCAGCAGUAUGUACUUCUCGUGAAUUUUCUUUUUGGUAAUCUCCAUCAUAAAGAUCACUACAUCUCCGUUCGUUGUAUCUGUGUGUGGAAAAGAGAGAGAGGCAGAGAGAACUUUAUAGAAAAUGGAGACGAAACAUUUCAGCCACAAUCAUCCCUUAGUCUUUGUCGAAGCAUUGGAAGGUGAUGGAGAAAAGGAAGUAGUUUGCUCAGGCUGCAAGGAAUCCUUGGUGGGUCUCGGUUACAAAUGCUCCACUGUAUGUGAUUUUUUCCUGCAUAAAUCCUGCUAUGAACUGCCCCAUGAAAUACAACACCCCAUGCACCCAAACCACACCCUUGUUCUCGAACAACCAUCAAAAGAUAUAAGAAGGUCUAGAUAUUGUGUUGCAUGCCUCGAGUCUUGCAAAAACUUCUAUUACCAUUGCAAUAGCUGCUCUUUUGCCCUUGACAUCAAAUGUGCUUCUCGCUGGAGAAUCAAUAAUACUGGGGACGAUCAUCCUCAACACACGUUUACCCCCAUCUUUAAGCAGAUUCAGUUCACUUGUGAAGCCUGUGGUGUGGAAAGCAAGGACAUUGCUAGCAUGUGUAGCAUCUGCCAGUUCUUGAUUCAUACCAAAUGUGCUCACUUUCCACGAAAGGUCAAGAUUUUUGCUCAUGAUCACUCCCUCACUCACGCUUUUUCUCUAUGCCAAGUUAAGAAGCCAGACGACGUAUUUUGUAAACUUUGCCGCAAAAAGAUGGACACGAAGUACUCGGCUUAUUAUUGUGAUCAAGGAUGUGAUUAUGUGGCCCACUUGACUUGCGCUUACGAUUUGCAGGCGUCGUGCCCCGUAGACUCCAGUAAUAUAACUCUUGAUUCGCAAUUUCAUGAGCAGAUAAACCUACAAGAUGAGGGUGAAACGGUACUUGGGGAGAUCAAACAUUGCAGUGAUCAUCAACGUCAUAGCUUAUGUCUCAGCAUGAAUAAAGAACUCGACGAUAAGUUUUGUGAAGGGUGUAGGCAACUGAUAUUAUUGGACACCUCUUUUUACAAUUGUGAGCAGUGCAACAUCUUCCUUCACGAAACAUGUGCUAAACUACCCAAAAAGAAGCGGCACUUGCUUCACCAACACCCUCUCACCCUCGUCUCAAGGGGUGAUUGCGUGUUCUAUUGCAGAGCUUGUGAAUGCUAUCGCAAGGGCUUUAGCUACACAUGUGAUGAGUGUAAUUCCUUCAGCUUCGAUGUUCAAUGUAGUUCACUCCCGGAAACCUUGAAACAUGAAAGCCAUCAACAUUCCCUUCUCCUUGCUAUAUAUUCAACGGACCAGUGCAAAGCUUGUUCCAGAUUGAUCAACGAUGGAUACUACAGGCAUAGAUUUGUAUGUACUGAGUGCGAUUUUGCCCUGUGUUUUGGAUGUGCAAGUCUUCCGCUCGUAGCUAGGUAUGAAUAUGAUCUACAUGAUUUUCUCAAACUCACAUAUGGUGUCGAAGAUGAUUCUGGAGAAUAUUAUUGUUUUAUAUGUGAGGAGAGAAGAAAUCCAGACCAUUGGUUCUAUUAUUGUGAAAAAUGUGACUUCGCUGCUCAUAUUCGGUGCAUUUUUAUGCCAUUGAGGAGGCCCUAGCUAGCUAGCUAUGGGGAUGGCUAUCUUGGCUCAACUAUGUUGCUAAAAGGACGUCAUAUAUUGGUAUCUUCUCCUAUGCUGUGGCCAACUAUCCUGGCUUGGACGUUGUUUACCUAGUUGAGAUUGAUUGAGUAUGCCCUAUUCUCUCUUUCGAGGGAAAUUAAUUAUAAAGUGCUAUAAUAUAGAGUUUGUCUCUCCUAUAUGAACAGUUUGUAAGGACUUGUUUAAAUGUUAUUAAUGAAGUAUAUUAAGGUCUCUAA